AUGAUAGGUCGUACUGAUCCCUUACGUCAUUCAAAUGGCACGUGGAAAUUUUCUGUUAGUACUUUACUUAAAACAGCUGAGAAAUUCAAUUCACGAUCACAGCGCCAUCGUCUACCGAUUUGCAGUAAACUUUUAUCACGUAUCUGUCAUAAAUUAAAUGGAUCGUUCUUCGAUAUUUAUUGGGAUUCUCUACUACGUGCUUCUUUAUGCUGUGCUUUCUAUGGCUUUCUACGUCCUGGUGAAUUUACAAUCAAUAAAUUUAACGCUUCGCGCAAUUUGACACUUUCUGAUAUGCAUAUAAAUCGUAAUUCGGCUAUAUUUCAUUUGAAACGAUCCAAAACCGAUCGAUGUAAUUAUGGUGUUUAUAUUCGUUAUUACCGUACAAAUAAUUGCUUAUGUCCUAUAAGUCAUCUUCAUACAUAUAUUAAACACAGAUCGAAACUAUUUGGUCACCUAUCAUCAAAUUCAUCUCCAAUGUUUAUUAUGCCGACUGGGCGUGCUCUAACUCGAACAGAAUUCGUGAAACGUUUAAGAGAAGUAAUAUCAAGCUUCGGUAUCAAUAGUUCUCUUUAUUCGGGUCAUUCACUACGUAUUGGUGCUGCUUUAACGGCAGCAAAAGCUGGACUACCAAUUUAUUUGAUUAAAAUUCUUGGUCGCUGGUCAUCGGAAGCUUAUCGACGUUAUAUUUCUGUGUCAUCUUCGACUAUAUCGAAUGCUUUCCUUCUUAUGUCUAAAAUCUAA